GUCGUUGUGUUUGCGCGUGUAUGUUGUGUAUGUGCCAUUGCUUGCCAACCCAUCGCCCUGUUCCCUGUGGUUGCUUUCAUUGCAGGAAAGCUGAUCGAAUCCCUAGACUGAUACGUGGACCAUUCCGAGGAUCUCUUCAUUGACUCGAAAAGUGCUGUGUCAUUAACGCCUUCUCUUUCUAUUCUUCUGCACACCGAUCCUGCUCUUCGCAGUUUGAGUUUUCUUCUCUGUUAAUACAAAAUACAUCUCUACGCCGCUCCUCAAACGUCUAUUAUAUAUUGUUUUCCUAUUUCUUCUUGAUCUCCAUCCAUCUUACCUUCCCCCCUCCUGGAGUGCGCAUCAUGUACUCUUGUUCUCAGCAUGAGCUCUGAAGAUAAACCAUCCAACUCGAUUCAACCCAUACCACCCUCGUCCAGGUUGAGUCUCCCCUCCAGGAAGUCCAGUUUCCUGACAAUCGUAAAGGCCCAGGUUGCCGUCCUUCUCUCGACCCUUUCCGAGAACACGUACGCCAAAAGUGUCGGUGAAAUCCGCUCGCUUAUCGAAGAAAACGGUAAACCGGUCUACCUGCAUCUUAUCAGGCGUCUCGUCCAAGCGUGGCGAGCAGGACAGGGAUCACAAGCAAGCAGCAACUCAUCCAUCCACAAGCUCCUUAUUGAGCGGCUCCAGGUCCUUACCAAGACUCAAUCCUCCGCUUCUCUCUUCUGCGAAGCCAUCAGCUCAUCUGAAAAAAGCGAAGUCAUCAAGAGCUUUGAUUUCGAGGCGUUCAUCAAGAAUUUGCCUUUGGAGCCCGUCGAGAAGAUCCGUCUAGGACUCGCAGUUCUACAAUCACCUAAGCCUGAACUCGUCGCGCAAGCCGAACGCGUUAUUCAGUCGAAUACAGUUUCUCUCAAGGAACAGCUUUCAUCCCCUGAUCUACUGUUGGACUUUGUUCGAUCACUCGACGCAUCGAUUUACAAGUUCUGGAACGAGCCCAACGAUACUGUCACUACCCUCAUAAACACCCUUUACAACAACAACAUCCCCAACAACAUUACCGCAACAAUCAAGGAGAUUCGUGACAUGAACGACAACUCAGAGUCAGCAGCCUUGGCCAAGGCCAUGCGAGAGGCAGGACCCUCCUGCUGCAAAAACGCGUCGUCCGUGAAUGAUGUUAUGCGCCAAGCCGGAUACGACAGUUCAAAGGCACCAGGCGAACAAGACAUUGCACGUGUGCUGGGAAUGAUGAUCUCGAGACAGGCAAGACCCAGCAGCGAGAACGCAUGGGACUUUAAGGUCUUUGCCACAGCAUUGAACAGAAAUACUGUCGAUUGGAUCAGGGUCAUCCACGCCUUGGAUUAUCCCGAUUUCAGGGUCACUGAUGCCGCCGGAUUUGAGUUUAUCGUCACUGCGUUCAGAACUGCUGAGAAGAAUGGACGUCUCUUCCCGCUGGAGGCCCUCUGGGGACAAUGGAAUAAUGUUGAGGCACAAAUAUCGCUUUUGAGAGAGCUCGUCGCUGCCCCUGUAAAGUUGCUGGAGCAGGAGUGGGCAGUAUCACCUCGAAUCUUUACCCGGGAUCAAUUCUCUCAGGCGAGUCCUGAUGUUCAAGCGCACGCAUCGGUGGAGCUGGAGUCCAGCGUCUGGAACUGUAUCCCCCUCGUCGAGACUCUGAUGACGCUCGCAGACAAUGAAGUGCAUGACGAUGUCAAGCCUAUUUUGGACUCUGGCUUGAAGUCGAACACAGAACUGCUAUUCCUCGGUUUUGUUCAGCUGAAGGUCCCAUGGAGCUCGUUGCAUCAGGAUCUUGUUUCCAAACUGCUUCAUGUUUAUCUGACCGGGGCAGGUAUCAUCCCCCAGUUUGUCCAAACUCGCCUCUGGCAGGUGAACCAAGGCCUCUUCGUCUCUGGAUUGUUAGAUCUCUACGAUCAUGACCGGUUGUCGUUAACAAAGAUCCUUAAGAUCACGGAGGAUCUCUCGAUAUUGAACAAGGUUCUCGAGGUGAAGUCGUUCGUUUUUGCAAUUGAUCUGGCCGUACUUGCUUCCAGCCGCAACCUGCUGGCCCUGGACAAGUGGCUGCAGAACCGAAUCCAAGCUGGUCAAGACAUUUUUGUCAGGGCAUGCUUGGACUAUCUUAGUGAAAGGAUUGUCAAUGACUCACGACAGAACGCUCCCGCAAAUAAGGAACUGCCAGUGGAGACAAUUGCCGUUUUUUUACAGGUCCUUCUUGGAAGCUCCAUUUCGCCAGAAAACUCGGCAGUAUUAAAGAGCGUGCACAGCGCCUGUCUUCAGCUUCACCCUCAACUCGCCAACGCCACCCCAGCAAUCGAAGGAGGCGCCACUGGAACGGAAACCUCGUUUUCUGCAGAUGUUGAGGAGACAACAAACGAGUACUACAAGCGCAUCUAUCGAGGCGAUAUUUCGAUUCCAGAGAUUGUCGAUCUGUUGCAGCAGUUCAAGAACUCGUCUGAUCCUCGUGAACAGGACAUCUAUGCGUGCAUGAUCCACGACCUGUUUGACGAAUACCGUUUCUUCUCUACCUAUCGCGAGAAGGAGCUGUCAAUUACCAGCGACCUGUUCGGAGCGUUGAUUCAGCACCAAUUGGUGUCAUAUAUUCCUCUUGGCAUUGCCCUGCGCUAUGUGUUGGAUGCCUUGCGAAACCCACCAGGAUCAAAGAUGUUCAACUUUGGCGCGCAGGCCCUGAGUCGCUUCCAAUCCCGUCUUCAGGAAUGGCCCACCUACUGCUCUCAUCUCUUGCAGAUCUCACAUCUCCAACAGGUUCACCCGGAGAUCGUGCGCUACAUCCACUCGAUACUCCCUUCAGCAACAGCCGCUGCGCAGGACGGUUCCAAUCAAUCGAUGGACUUGGUCUCCUCAGCACCCCCUCAGCAGCCAGCCGCCCAGGAGGCCCAGCGACAGGUCGUCCCGCCAGUGCAAACCUCUAUAGCAUCCUCACAACCGGCUGCGCCUCCAGUCUUCACCUCUCUCAAUGUGGACACCCUGCUUGUCGGACGAGAUGACAUUGACUAUGAGACGCCAAACGAGCAGACACAAGACAAGAUUCUCUUUAUCGUCAACAAUGUCUCGCAAACCAACAUUGAUACCAAGUUGGCGGAGAUGAAGGAGCUUCUUCGAGAAAGUGCUUAUCGCUGGUUCAGCAACUAUAUUGUGGUCAAACGCGCAAGUAUCGAGCCCAACUAUCACGUCCUGUAUCUCCAGUUCUUGGAUGGACUUCAGAGUCCCUUGCUCUACCGCCAUAUUCUGCACGAGACGUAUGCAAACAUCAAGAUUUUGAUCAACUCGGAAAAGACUGUUCAAUCAUCCUCGGACCGAACACUUCUCAAGAACCUCGGAUCCUGGCUCGGAGGUAUGACUUUGGCUCGAAACCGACCGAUCAAGCACAAGAAUCUUGCAUUCAAGGAGUUGCUGAUCGAGGGCUACGACAGCAACAGGUUGAUCGUCGCCAUUCCAUUUGUCUGCAAGGUCCUGGAACAAUGCAACAAGAGCAAGGUCUUUAGGCCACCCAACCCUUGGCUGAUGGCCAUUAUGCGUCUUCUCGUGGAGCUUUAUCAAUUUGCUGACCUGAAGCUGCACCUAAAGUUCGAGAUCGAGGUUCUCUGCAACAGCUUGACCUUGGACCUGAAGGAGAUCGAGCCCACAAGUAUUUUGAAGGACAGACCACCCCAGGAGUUAGUGGGGCACUCCGCAACACUUACACAGGACUUUGAACGCCUUUCGAUGGGUGGCUAUGCCCCGUCUGCUAGAAUGCCUGUCCAGGCUGCAGUCCCUGCGACAGCUACAACGACCCAGCAGGAUACUUCGGUGGAAAUGGUUCCCAACCUGGCAGCAUUUGUGACUUUCAAUCCACCUGCCUUCUACAGUGAACGUCCAGCGCUCAAGCGUCUUGUGCACAUUGCAAUUGAUCGUGCUGUUCGUGAGAUUGUCGCUCCCGUCGUCGAUCGCUCUGUCACAAUCGCUGGCAUCUCUACCCGUGAGAUGGUUAUCAAGGACUUUGCGAUGGAGCCCAACGAGGAGAAAAUGCGCAAGGCGGCUCACUUGAUGGUGCAGAACCUUGCUGGCAGUCUUGCUUUGGUCACUUGCAAGGAGCCUCUCCGUGUCAGCAUGGCCAAUAUUAUCCGCACUCUCUUCCUUCAGAAUGGAUUUACUGACCAGAACAUGCCGGAGCAAUCGAUUCUGAUGACCGUGAACGACAACUUGGAUCUCGCCUGCUCGGUCAUUGAGAAGGCCGCGAUGGAGAAGGCCAUUCCAGAGAUAGAGGAAAGCCUUGCCAACGCCUUCAGCGCCAGGAAGAAACACCGCGAACGUACUGGUCAGCCCUACUACGACAUGGCUACUUAUCAGUCCUCCCGUUACCCUGCCAGUCUUCCCGAGGCUCUUCGAAUCAAACCCGCGGGGCUUACACCUCAGCAGUUGCGCGUCUACGAGGACUUUGCACGUCUGCCACGUCAGGCAGCCAUACUUCCUGUGUUCGAUGCUGACAGAGGCGUCCGCACACCUCUUAACGCCAAGGUCGAUGCUGGCCAAGCGUAUCCCUUCCAUACCAACGAGCUCACGUACAACAACACACCUAUUCCAUUGUCGGCCCACCAGGCUUUGGAAAAGUUUGUUCAGAUCAUUAGCGAACUCGACAAGUUGAUCAGCCUUUCUCCUUCAAUGCCACUUACCGCGCUCCCUCCUAAUCACGAGGUCAAGGUGUUGGCUCGUCUUGUUCCCCUAAUUCCGGCACAGUCCUUUAGCCCCGAUGAGACGGCACUGACGUUCUCGCAAAAGAUCGUCCAACUCCUUUACAAGACGGACCAGGUUCUGUCGCGAGAUGUGUAUGCGGUUCUGCUCGAGCAACUAUGUGCUCUUUCAAGCAAAGUGGCGAAGGAGGUGACUGAAUGGCUUAUAUAUGCCGACGACGAGCGUAAGUUCAACGUUCCAGUCACCGUAACCCUUAUUAGAGCUGGAUUGGUGAGCUUGGUGGACCAAGACAUCCAGCUGGCUCGUUUGAUUGAGAUUGGUCGUCCUGGAGUGGUCGAAUACACUAUCAAGUUGAUCCGGGAGUGCGUCUUGAGCGAGCAGCCCUGCGCCAGCCGCAACGAAUUCAUCAACUCGCUCAAUGUCCUCAACCGUUUGACACAGCGCGGUGGCAAGACUGUGGAGCCAAUUGUUCUGCUGAUCGAAGACAUUCGCAGGCGUGCUCAAGUCCCGCGCGAGACUGCUAAGGAUGUGGACAACUCUGUGUUGCGCGAGCAGUUGGCUUUCAUCUUUGCGGAGUGGAUCCGCGUGUACCAGUUGCCGACUUCGAAUGACAAGGAUUACGGAGCAUUUAUCAACUCGAUUCAGCAGCAGGGCGUUUUGAAGGGCGAGGAGAUUUCGUCAUUGUUCUUUAGGGUGUGCACGGAGAUGAGUGUCGAGAGCUACAUCAAGUACAAAGUUACGAACACUGCGGCAGCAUACCAAGGCGUCGAUGCCUUUGUCAAGUUGAUUGUCACCCUCGUCAAGCACUACUCCGAUCCCCAAGGCGUGAAUCACAGCGGCGCAAAGGUCACCUACCUUACCACGCUUCUCUCGAUCAUUGUCCUGGUCUUGGCCCAGGCCCAUGAGCAACGUCGUGGGCAAUUCAACCAGAAGCCUUUCCUUCGCCUGUUCUCUGGCCUGUUGACAGAGAUGAUGACCUCGUACGAGUCGAGCCCUGGCAUGUAUUUCCAGAUUUUGACAGCCUUUAGCAACACUUUCCACACACUGCAGCCGCUUGUCUUUCCUGGAUUCACGUACGGCUGGCUGUCUCUGAUCUCGCAUCGCGCGUUCAUGCCCAAACUGCUACUGGCUGAGAACGGCAAGGGAUGGGCGUCAUUCCAGAAGCUGCUUGUUUGCCUCUUCCGAUUCUUAGCCCCGUUCUUGAUCGGAGGAGAGAUGCGCGACACGACUCGAGCUCUGUACAAGGGUACGCUUCGCGUGCUUCUGGUGUUGUUGCACGACUUCCCCGAGUUCCUGUGCGACUAUCACUUCAGCUUUUGUGAUGUGAUCCCAAAUACCUGUAUCCAACUACGCAAUUUGAUCUUGAGUGCGUUUCCGCGCAACAUGCGUCUGCCCGACCCCUUCACGCCGAACCUGAAGGUCGAUCUGUUGCCCGAAAUUCACCAGCCUCCACGCGUCCUUUCCGAUUACACGAGUAGCUUGUCGGUCAGCCUGAAGAGAGACGUUGACAUGUAUCUCAGAACGCGCGAACAUGCAACAUUCCUCGACAACCUACGUGAGAUCUUGGCGAUCGAUCACAACAACCAGGAUCUGUACUCUGGUGGAUCCAAGUACAAUGUUCCAAUGAUAAACUCGUUGGUUCUGUACGUCGGCAUCAGCGGCAUUGCACAGUUGCAUGCCUCGAAAUCGGAGGAAAACAGUAGCACUGAUAGCAGCAACAUGUCUGUGUCGUUACCCGAGGCAGAAUUGUCGUCGCCAUCGCCGAUUGCGCAGACAGCAUCAAUGGAUAUCUUCCAGAAGCUGCUGACGGAGCUGGACUCUGAGGGUCGAUACCUGUUCUUGAGCGCGAUUGCCAAUCAGCUGAGAUACCCUAAUUCGCACACGCACUAUUUCAGCCGUGUACUACUCUAUCUCUUUUUCGAGGCCAACCAGGAGACGAUCAAGGAGCAGAUUACAAGGGUGUUGCUGGAGCGUCUGAUUGUGAAUCGUCCACACCCUUGGGGCCUUUUGAUCACGUUUAUUGAGCUGAUCAAGAAUCCACGCUAUGCAUUCUGGGAUCAUGCCUUUACCAGGAUCGAUCCUGACAUUGAGAAGCUGUUCGACUCAGUGUCGCGUUCCGUCAAGCGAUCCGCGUAAAGGACAUAUCCUUCUUUCGUUUUAACUUAACCAUCAUACGUGGCUAUUUUUCUCCUCAUCAUUUAUUUCUUCAACCUGUAUCAUACACCAACGUUGUUCAAGAACAGUUUUUUUUUUUUUUUUGCAGUCAGUCAGUCAGUCAGUCAGUCAGUCAGUCA